AUGCCUGCUCCAUCAGAUACCCAACAGGCCGGCCUCUCCGCGUCCUACAAAUCUCCCACGGACACCAAACAAUUCCACUACGCGAUUGACACCUCCGGAAUUGCAACAAGCGAAACUAAUAAUCAACUCGACAAGAAGUCGCAGACGGCUUACUUUGGGCUGCUUCGCGCCUCGACAAAGAACCUCCAGGAUGAUAUCAACGACUUUCUGACCCGGAAAAUGGACGAGGACAAGAAAUACACCCUAGAUAGUAGUGCUACAAAGUCCAAGACGAAAGAAGAACUUGAAGAAGAGAAUUAUGGUGAAGAGGUGGUCGACGAUGACGAUACGGGUUGA